AUGAGCGGGAUUCUGUGCACCAUCUUGGAUGUGGGACUGCGCGCAAUCCUUUCCUUGUAUGACACAGCACCGACUGUCACCGCAUUAACCACGACCACAACGACGAUCACGACGAUCAUCGCCGCCAACACCGUCACUGUUACCACGACUACGACCACCGGCCCCAACCCUCCUCCCCACUCGGCCAAGCGCACCAAUGCCGAUAACGUUCAACACCUACCUUCCUCCCUGCGUCACUCUGUCCUUCUACUUGGCCCCCGCGACCUGGCUCUCGACAUCAAGACCCUCGACAAACUGAGGCUUGUGGAGCAGCUCUUCGAGAUGGAGCGUGUGUGGAAACAUGGUGGUCGCGUUGCCCUCAAGACGCGACUCAUCCCCGUCAUCAUGAGCUUCUCCGAAUGGCGCGGAUUCCCUUUCCCCCUCAAGGAGAUGCGCCUGUGGAAUGAGCAACGUACGGCACACCACACGCCACCCAUUGAGGUCUUUGUCCACAGGUUGCUGCGCCCGUUCCACAGGAACGAUCCCGACGCACUGUGGCAGCUCGACUAUCAUCGCCGCGCAUUUGCGUGCCUCGUCAUUUUCGUCUUCGAGCUCCUUGCGCGUGAUCAAUACGACGAGGCGGACGUCUGGGAGUACCCGGCCAUGCCCCUGACGAACGACAUCGCCGUAUUAUUCGCCGCCGGAAGGCACGAGACACUUGUGAGGAUCCACCACGGCAAGCUGUACGUCGCCCUCGCACACGGCCUGCGCGAGCUUUAUCUUUGCGACGACGAGUGGGACCGCGACUUUGAGGACACAAGGAGCGCCUCUAUCCUCGAGUGCAUCAACGAUCGCUUCGAGAACAAGGACGACCCGCAGUCCAUCGCCUGGGGAAACCUUGCUGCCCGCCUUGCUCUCCUCCUGAACAGCUGCAAGAACCACAACUGCCUCGGUGUAUAG